AAUUGUACGUUUAGAAAGUUAUCGUCAAAAACCAGUCUUAGAGUCUACUGGAGUGGUGGACUUCGUAUCAGAAACUGCAACAAUUGCUGCAAGCGUUGGUAUUUUACUUUUAAUGGUAACGAGUGUUCUACUCCUGAUCCUAUCGACGGUCUGGUCUACAUGCUAUCAGGUGCGAGACCGAAUACCAAGUUGAGCCCAUUCCGUGUUCGCCAUAUUGAAGGAGUCUGCAAUGCGCUCCCCGCCGGGAUUGUAGAGGUCGGCUUCCAUGUCGGCUAUUGCAAGGGUUACACAUUUAAUGCUGAUGCACGCACAGAAUGGAAUUCAGUAUCUCGAAUGUACGUGGAAGAAAUCCCGCCACCACAGGACUAA